AUGUUCGGUCAAUUAUCGUUUUUGUUGAAGACUCGUAGCCACAGGACUGGAAACUUGUCAGUUCUCACGCAGCGGACCGCCGCGCAGCUUGGCCUCACUCAGUGGACCGCAGAGAAGCAUGGCCCCACGCAGCGGACCGCAGAGAGGCGUGGCCCCACACAGCGGACCGCAGAGAAGCAUUUCCCCACGCAGCGGACUGCAGAGAAGCAUGGCUUCACGCAGCGGACCGCAGAGAAUCAUGGCCCCACGCAUCGGACCGCAGAGAAGCAUGGCCCCAGGCAGCGGACCGCAGUGAAGCAUGGCCCCACGCAGCGGACCGCAGAGAAGCGUAGCCCCACGCAGCGGACCGCAUUGAAGCGUGGCCCCACGCAGCGGACCACAGAGAAGUGUGGCCCCACCCAGCGGACCCCAGAGAAGCGUGGCCCCACGCAGCGGACCACAGAGAAGUGUGGCCCCACCCAGAGGACCACAGAGAAGCGUGGCCCCACGCAGCGGACCACAGAGAAGUGUGGCCCCACGCAGCGGACCACUGCGUAG